GUCGUGUCCUGCAUUCAUCUAACGUACGUGAUCUUAAGCUCGGUCUCAUGCGGCCCCUACGGCUAUUUACAGACGGCUACUAGAACUGCAGUGUCGUGGCACAGGCUGUCGGUACGGCCCCAUAGGGCAAAGUUCCCCGUCUAUGCGCGCUCAUUCGGAUGGUCCCACUCCUAGCUGCUUUCGGCGAACUACCCCGAAUACGCGGAGUUCAUUCGAAGUGUAUAUAAACCGUGCACUUGGGGUGUGAACAUGGGGUGUGAACAUUGAACGCCCGGCAAGAACUACACGCACACUUCAGUGGCCACCUCUUCCAUCGUAAACAAUGUUGAAGCUGGCUCUGAGCUCGUUGGUUCUGCUCUUUUCCACCGCCAAUGCUCUCCAACUCCAUAAUCUGACUUAUCGGUAUUAUCAAGGAGAGACGCUCACUGAGAACUGGCAAAGCCAGUCCGGAGAUCCUGCCAGUUUCUCCUUGCUGCUCCAAUCCACAGCGCGACAAGCCCCGCCGGAAACCUUUGCGCUCGUUGCCGAUGUCUCAACCGCCGAGGGAUCGGUGUCGUUCACUGUACCCGAUGUCAGCGAUGGACUUUACGUCUUGAACGCAGUGAAUGUGACCAACGAUAACGACAUAUACUCUCAAACCGCGUCGUUCUAUGUUUCGUAGAUCAAGGGAAACGAGGGGCCGAUCACGUAGGCUCGAGUGAAGACUGUUCAGUGCUUGGAUAUUGCUUCGGCGUAUAGUAAUCAUUCAUGGUUGUUCUCUGCGCAAUUUUGUCAGUCAAGCCGCUUUGGGAGUUUUACAAACCUCAGCUUCAAUGGAUGAACUCCAGCAUGAGUCAAUGAUAUCAGGGCCUCUCGGCCGGUUGAGUACAUAUUUGCUUCUCGUCCUUUGCUCCGAGUCGCCGCCUUGCCACUGCCUGAGCAGCAGCCGGCCCGGGGCCGCAAUGUCCUCGAUACUUCCGCAUAUCUGUGAAAUAAACACCAUUAUCUCGAAGACAUAUAGUCCAGUUGUUCCUCUUUGCAUCUGGAUUGAGACCUUCGACUUACUAUGUGAGACAGUUGAAACAACUCGGUCC